AUGGCCAGAAACUGGAAGGAAAUCGCUGCUGAGAAGAAGCAACAGCGAGAUGCAAUCGUACCUAAGGAAUGGCUCUUGACCAACCUUCCUCCCCCAGAAACCCUCAAUGUCAUCGAUUUUCCCGACAAGUCGGGCCUUCUUACAGAACGCGAUAUUGAGAUCACGAACUCAGAGGUCGGCCUCCUGUUGGAAAAGCUAGCCAAGGGUACUUGGACAGCUGUAGAGGCGACCAACGCAUUCUCGAAGAGGGCGAUAGUCGCGCACCAACUGGUCAAUUGUCUGACGGAAGUAUUCAUUGAUAGGGCCUUAGCUCGCGCCACAGAGCUGGACGAUCACUUGAAGAAAACCGGAAAGGUUGUUGGGCCCUUGCACGGUCUACCUAUUUCUCUAAAGGAUCAAAUCAGUAUUAAAGGGCUUGAAUCAACCAUGGGUUAUGUUUCGUGGAUCGGGCAAUACGCAGAAAAGAAUUCCGUCCUCGUCGAUAUCCUAGAGGCCGCUGGAGCCGUUUUGUACGUGAAGACGAAUAUCCCUCAGACGCUGAUGUGGCCUGAGACCUUCAACCAUAUUUUUGGCCGCACGAGCAACCCAUACAAUCGUUCCUUGACCUCAGGUGGAUCUUCUGGAGGGGAAGGUGCUCUUAUCGCGUUACGAGGCAGUCCUUUAGGCGUAGGAUCAGAUAUCGGAGGGUCUAUACGCAUCCCUGCAGCUUUUAAUAGUCUCUAUGGUCUGCGUCCGUCGUACGGACGAGUUCCUUACGCGGGAUGCGUAAACUCCCUUGAGGGUCUAGCCUCCAUCUUGUCUGUCCUCGGUCCUCUCUGUCGCAGCAUCGACGGUAUCAAGAGCUUCAUAAAAGCAGUUGUUGGCCAGGAGCCAUGGCUCAAGGACCCGAUGGCUGUUCGCAAGCCUUGGAGUGAGAAUGAAUACAGUCUCGUUGGGCAUGGUCAGGGUCAGAAUCUCUGCUUCGCCAUCUUAUGGGAUGAUGGAGUGACCAAGCCCCAUCCACCGAUAAUUCGAGUGUUAGGCGAGACACAACAAGCCCUUCUCGCUGCUGGACACAAAGUUAUCGAUUGGAUACCACUCAAGCAUGAAGAGAUCUAUCGCACGGGAGGCAAAAUCUGGACGGCUGGCGCAGCAGAGGAUUUUCGCGUCGUCGCGGCAAUCAGCGGAGAGCCCGUCAUAGGCACCAUGGAAGUCGUCUCAGAGAGCACUGAUACAGCUCCCAACGACACUCCCGUAUUUCGUCCAAUGCCGGGGGGUCUCUCUGCAUACGAGCUCUGGCAAGAGCAGAAGAGGAGGCAAGGAUUGAGAGAAGAAUAUCUCGAUCACUGGAACGCGACAAAGGACCUGACGGGCACAGGCCGGCCUGUGGAUGCGAUUAUUUCGCCUUGUGCCCCAUUCGUCGCACCUCCCCAUGGGAAGAACUCGAACGCGAGUUAUACCAUGGUUUGGAACGUGCUUGAUUACACCGCCCUGGUCGUACCCGUAGGCUUUGUUAAUCCCACUCAAGACGGCAAACGGGCCGUUGAAGAGUUUUUCAACGAGCAAGACAGGGCUAAUUACGAUUUGUAUGACCCUGAAACUUUCAAGGACGCUCCGAUAUCUAUUCAAGUGGUCGGGCGUACUUUGGAAGAGGAAGCCGUCAUACGCCUAGGAGAAAUCGUUGACCAGGCUUUGAAAGCCCAGAACAAAUGA